CAGGAAGGCUGAGUCUCAGUGUUGGUGGAGCUACGGUGGGUACUAGGUCGCUACACCACGCAGCGCCUGGGAUAUUUUACACACGAACGGAUUUCGGAAGCCUCAAUGCAAGAGACUAACCACUUCCUGAAGGCUGCCCUGCAGGUUGGACCAUGGAGGAUAACUCGGCGGGUGCUGCUCUUCGUGAUUGUAUUCUGCGUGGUGAUCGUCAUCUUCGGCACGUUCAUCCUCAAGACUCACAGGUUCAACGAACGCGACCGCUGGGACAACGACUGGGACGACGACGAUGACGAUGACGACGAUGACGACGACAGCGACGACAAGAGCUUCAGCAGUGGCGACUCCGUCAUGAUGGGCAUGAUCACCCUGGCAGGAAUUGCUGGGCUGGUGGCGCUGGGCAGCUGUUUCAUGGCGACGUCCAACACACCUCGUCAGUUGAGUGACCAGAGCACCUCCAGCCAGUCUGUGUUUACCGUGAGUGGGGGCCCUCAACAACGACUCCAUCAGCAAGUGGCCCCCAGGCCCUCAGCCCCGGAGUCAGACCCCCGCCAGGAAGCUUAUACCCAUACUACCAGCCCCAUCAACACCAAGAUGCCCCUGCCUCAGAGCAACGGAUACCCGCUCAACCCCAGCUAUCCCAUUAACCCGCACUACCCGCCCGACCCGCCACCCAGCUACACGGCAACCGGCUAUCCUGCCGGCGGGGCACGGAGGGUGGGCAGGGCGGUGCCUCACACUGCUCUGCGGGUGGUAUCCUGCCCACCCACACUCAGUACCAUAGACGACCUGCCGCCUCCAUACUCCCCUACACCCAACCCUCCCAGGCGGUAGUGACGAUCUAUCCACUCAUCCAUCCCAUCGUCAACUCAUCUAAUCGUCAUCCACAUCAUCAUAAUCCUGUAGUCAUUUGUAUUUACUGUAAAUAAGGGACAUAUCUAUGCUGUUGGGGCAGAGCCGUGGGCAGAAUUAGCUAGGCUGUGAGCAAAGUGCACUUUGCUGUGCUAGCGUGCACUCUCUGUGUAAACUUUGCUCUUUAUAUGAGCAGUCUCUCCUCUGCUGUGUGCAAUCUGCUCUGCUGUGUUGAGAAUGUGCUAUGCUGAGAGCAGAGUGCACACAGUGUGCAGUAGACUUGCUAUGCUGAGAGCAGAGUGCACACAGUGUGCAGUAGACUUGCUAUGCUGAGAGCAGAGUGCACACAGUGUGCAGUAGACUCACAGUGUGCACUGUGUAAAGUGCACUGUGAUAUGUACACUAUAUUACGUGCAUUACACUGAGGGUGAAUUAUGAUGUGUGCGUCCAGUGGUAGUUUGCUGUGUACAGUGAGUGUUCUGAGCACACACUUGGUAGUUGUGUGCGUGGCAACAAUGGACAGCUGGCAGCUGUGUGCGUAGCAUCAGUGGACAGCUGGCAGCUGUGUGCGUAGCAUCAGUGGACAGCUGGCAGCUGUGUGCGGGUGGCAGCAUGGACAGCUGGCAGCUGUGCGGGUGGCAGCAGUGGAGAGCCGGCAGCUGUGCGGGUGGCAGCAGUGGAGAGCUGGCAGCUGUGCGGGUGGCAGCAGUGGACAGCUGUCAGCUGUGCGGGUAGCAGCAGUGGAGAGCUGGCAGCUGUGCGGGUGGCAGCAGUGGACAGCUGGCAGCUGUGCGGGUGGCAGCAGUGACAUUCCUGUAUGGUGCUCUAGUUAUCCUUGGUAGUAUUAGUCUUCCUUAGAUUAUAAGGCUUAUCUUCCUCUCAUAAAAUAACAUACAGCCUUUAACAAUAUGGAUCGCACUGGCUCUCUGCUUCCCAUAUGUACAAAGAUGAUAAAAAGACACUAAAAGCGAAGAAGCAUUUAGGACGAAGAAGAAACUUCAGUAUGUCUGGAAGAAACUGAUAAAUGGGACGCACGUCUCCACAAGAAGCAGUUAAUAUAUCCUAGAGUGCAAACAAUCACAAACAGGCGAUUCCAGCAAUGCAGAACAAGCCACAUGGGGAUGGAAAUCUCGAGCCUUAGCUCCUUCGCACUCUCGUGCGUCGCAAGGAGUUAUGUAAUGUUGCAAGACAGCAACAGAUAGGAGGGGAAAUGCUCUAAGGGCUGCCACUGGUACCUGUUUUGCCUCAGAGAAUUUCCCCUCCUAUCUGUUGCUGUCUUGCAAUAAUGCAUAGCUUCUGGCGACGCACGAGAGUGCGAAGGAUCUGGGGUUAGAGAUUGCCAUCCCCGUGUAGCUUGUUCCGCUUAUCCUAGAGAAUAUUACCAUUAGUAUAAUGAAAAUAAACAAAUCUUUUAAACAAACAUCCUUUUUACAAUGUUAUCGAUUAAGCUGGAUGGUGCCACGGUGUUGGUCUGGAUGGUGCCACGGUGCUGGUCUGGAUGGUGCCACGGUGCUGGUCUGGAUGGUGCCACGGUGCUUGUCUGGAUGGUGCCACGGUGCUUGUCUGGAUGGUGCUGCGGUGCUGCUGGUCUGGAUGGUGCUGCUGGUCUGGAUGGUGCUGCGGUGCUGCUGGUCUGGAUGGUGCUGCAGUGCUGCUGGUCUGGAUGGUGCUGCGGUGCUGCUGGUCUGGAUGGUGCUGCGGUGCUGCUGGUCUGGAUGGUGCUGCGGUGCUGCUGGUCUGGAUGGUGCUGCGGUGUUGCUGGUCUGGAUGGUGCUGCAGUGCUGCUGGUCUGGAUGGUGCUGCAGUGCUGCUGGUCUGGAUGGUGCUGCGGUGCUGCUGGUCUGGAUGGUGCUGCGGUGCUGCUGGUCUGGAUGGUGCUGCGGUGCUGGUCUGGAUGGUGCUGCGGUGCUCCUCUAAAACGAGUGCGAUGCCUGGGAAAUACAGGAGAGUAAUUAUGCACUUUUGAUCGACUUCGAAGUUUUCCUACCCUUGCUGUCAGGCUUUUGGCUAAGCUUCCUUGUUGAGUACCUGUUAAACCAGGCUGUUAUUGUUAGUGGCCUCCUGGGCCACGUAAUCAUCACAGCCUAAGUGUGCUCGACAGAGGUAGUUAUCCACCUUCCUCUCGAAGAUUUUUUUUUUUACAUGUAUCCCUGCAAUAUUUCUGAUAUCUGCUGGAAGCAAAUUGAAGAGUUUUGGACUACGGAUGUUGACACAGUAUUCUCUUGUACUCCUGCUUUUUUAUUGAAUUUAUUUACACCUUUUUUGUCAUAUUUUUCAGUGUUACUGUAGUAUGUAUAGAUUUUCAACCUGAACCCCCAGUAUCAUCCAGGUGAAUGUUAUCAAGUAUCUCUCCCUGCUUUGUUCCAGGGAGUACAUUCCAAUCACACUGAAGCAUUCUUCUUGGUUUAAAUGCUUUACUGACUCGAUGCGGUCAGUAAAUGAUCUCAGUAUAUUUUCCAGCUUUGAUACCACUCUUGUCUUGAAAGGAGCUGUGAGAACAGAGCAAUAUUCUAGAUAUAAGCGCACAAUUAAUAUGAAUAGUACCAUCAUUAGUAUUACUUCUCUUGUUGUGAGAGCUCUCUUUAUCCACCCUGUUAUUUUUCUAGCCUUUGCUGCUGUUGCUUUGUGUUCUCUACAAGACAUCACGGCAUUAUUCUCAGGUCUAUUACCCGUUUCUUAUUAUCUUGGAGAUAGUCUUCCUGCAUUCUAUAUUCUCAGCUCAUUUGGAGUUUUUCCCAAAUCUAUGCAAUUGAAAUUUGUCCACAGUGAACUUUAUGCAAUUUUCAUUUGACCGCUGGAAAACUCUCUUCAUAUCUAAUCGUAUUUUCCUGCAUCUUCUACUGAAGCGAAUUUCAUACUUGAUGUUCGAAAAGGGUGAUACCAAGCUGUGAAUACAACUUUUAUCUUUGUUAUGAGGAUUAGUAACAGUAAAGAUGCAGUGCAGUGUGGUGCUGAACUUUUUACUUUGCUAAUCGCUGACUUUAUUUACUGUUACUCUUUUGUGAUAGAAAUUGGAAUAAACAUUUCUGAAAUU